AUGUGUAGUGUUUUCAUAACCCGUUUGUCUUUUUCUUUUUUUGUUUUUCUAUUUUUGGUUUUUUUUUUGUAUAUCCCAUCAGAAGAAAUAAGAGUUGAGAACAAAACAUUCUCUUUCUUAAAUUUUAAUAAUAAUAUAUUACCAUGGAAAAAUAAUAAAACAUCAUCAAGACUUUUUCAUAAAAUACCAUGGAAUAAAAAUCAUAUGAAAAAUAAUAUAAAUCAUUUUUUAAGAGAUAAAAAAGGAGUACAGAUAACAUUAUAUGGAAAAAAUGAUAAUUCAAAAACAAAAGAAAAUGAUACAUUCGAAAUGAAUGGAGUAGUAGUAGAAUGCUUAGCUAAUACAAAUUUUAUUGUAAGCAUACCAAAUGGUGAAAAAUUUUUAUGUUUUAUAUCAGGCAAAUUAAGAAUUAAUAAGGUUAAAAUUAAUUUAGGAGAUAUGGUGAAAUUCCAAAUUCAUAAAUUAAAUUUUGAAAAACGAAGAGGUAAAAUUGUAUUUAGAUAUUUACAGCAUACGCCCUUAAAGAAGAAAAAAUAA